GGGCGAGGCGGUCGCUCCCCGCGAUCGCAAAGACAUGAGCAGCCUACCUCCGCUCUAUCCUCCAAUUCGAUACGGCAUAGUUGAAGAAGACCUCUUUCGCGGGGCGUACCCGAAGGAACGCAAUUUUCGCUUUUUGCGUCGGCUCCGGCUCACGGCAAUUCUCUCGCUCACCCCAGAGCCGCCAAACGCGGACCUCUCCGCUUUCUGUGUCGCUAAUAACAUCACCUCAAUUCACGUUCGAGUCGACAAGCCAAAAGAGCAUGUUCCCUUAUCGUUCCAGAAGACUAGUCAAAUCUUGGCAAUUUUGGCAGAUCCGUCCAAUCACCCGCUGUUCGUCCACUGCCUCGACGGUGCAGGUGUCACGGGCGCUGUGAUUAUGUGCUUACGGAAGUUGCAGUGCUGGACAAUGGCAUCUAUAUUGGUUGAAAGUACUCGAUAUCAUAAAGAAGGAGUAAUUGGCAGCGAGGAGGCGGAGUUUGUCGAAAAAUUCAAUGCCGACAUAGAAGUGCCUCCGAGACUGCCGAAAUGGCUAUGGGGUGGCCAUCUAACGUUUAAGAAGCACCCUACUCUGAGAUUGAAAGUAGCUGCGCAAAGUGGCAAUGUGACCGCCAAAGCGGGCACUGCGACUGCCGCGUCACUCGAUGGAGGGGUUCACUCAGGGCCAGCGCCGGGUAAUGGUGAAAAUGGCAUGUCUUGCAACGCGCUGGAAGCAGCGGUGGCUAUACCAUCAUCAUGCUCUGGUAGUAAUACUCAAAAUAUGUUUAACCUAAAUACUGCCGAUGAACUGGGUGGGUCCUCGAGUGGCGAUGACGACCGGCUACCACGACGGUCAGUAGAUUCUGGAGCGCAUGCAGUACCCUUUCACACCAAUCUCCUUUCAUCCAACGCCCUUACUGCCCUCACUGGAAUGAACGGAUCUCCUAUGGUACCUGUAUCGGUCUUGUCACAUGCCCUUUCGGUGCCCAAGGAUAUUGGUGCACCGUACUUGAGCAACGUUACCGAUUUGCGCAGGGAGAAGGAGGAGUUGCGUAGACGUGCUGUCACGGAAAACCUGCUUGGAGUGGACAUGGUGGGCCGAACUGGAGAAACUGCAGGUUUGCAAACUCCCGAAGUUGACGAUGAUGGAUUAGAAGACGUGGAAGAUAGCAUGUCUAUGACCUUACAAGCCUUAGCGUUGGAGAUGUCAGGAUCAUUCAACAAGGGCCCCAAGGCAUCAUAACAUGCCUUCCACCAAAUGCAUUAUCAUAUAUAAAACUAUGUCGAUCUGCAAUUAGAACAACUGCUUAGCCACAAAGAGCCACAAACCGAAUAAUAUUUUACAGAAUUUCUACAGAAUGCAUUGUGUUCGAUACUCGGGCUUUAAUCCUCAUCACUGUCAACAAAUUCCGCGCUUUUGUACUUUCCGUCGCCACUGCUUUUGCUUCCACUCGCGGAGGGUGCUCCCUUGCUUUUGCUCCCACUGGCGGACGUUGUUCCCUUGCUUGAGCUCCCUCCGCCUCCGGCCUCGUAGACCUUGCGUUCUCGUUCGUACCGCUCCUUGUCUUCCGAGGCCAAGUUGUCAUAUUUCUGAUAAUGACAGAGCCACAUCAGUAUACAAGGUGUACAUGUAGAUCAAAACACCCACAAAAAUAUACCUUCUUCUCAUCAGGCGUGAUGGAUUUCCA